UUUCUCUCUCCUCCACCUUGGUCCUCCUCCCCUGGCUGCAUCUCUUCUUCCUCCUCCUCCUCCUCCCUCGUCUUUCUUCUUGUCCAUCCAUACGUCCUAGUCAUUCCCUCCCUCCUCUCCUCCCAACAACACUACAUACAAUUCCCACCAGCCAGAUCCGCCCAACAAGCACCACAGGAGGAGGAGGAGGAGGAGGAGAUGUCGGCCAAGGAUGCCGGCGUCGGGAAGGGCCGCCUCUUCACGGUGGGCCUGGUCACGGCGUGGUACUCCUCCAACAUCGGGGUGCUGCUGCUCAACAAGUACCUGCUCAGCAACUACGGCUUCAAGUACCCCAUCUUCCUCACCAUGUGCCACAUGGCCGCCUGCUCCCUCCUCUCAUACGCCGCCAUCGCAUGGCUCCGCAUCGUCCCCAUGCAGCUCCCCCGCUCCCGCUUCCAGCUCGCCAAGAUCGCCGCCCUCAGCCUCGUCUUCUGUGCCUCCGUCGUCUCCGGCAACAUCUCCCUCCGAUACCUCCCCGUCUCCUUCAACCAAGCCGUCGGCGCCACCACCCCCUUCUUCACCGCCGUCUUCGCAUACCUCAUGACCGUCAAGCGCGAGUCUUUCCUCACCUACCUCGCGCUCGUCCCAGUCGUCACCGGCGUCAUCAUCGCCAGCGGCGGUGAACCGAGCUUUCAUCUCUUUGGAUUCGUCAUGUGCGUUGGAGCAACUGCUGCAAGAGCAUUGAAGACAGUCUUGCAAGGGAUUCUUAUGUCUUCUGACGGGGAGAAGAUUAAUUCCAUGAACCUGCUCAUGUACAUGGCACCAAUUGCUGUUAUUCUUUUGGUUCCUGCUACUAUCUUCAUGGAGGAUAAUGUUGUUGCCGUUACUAUGGAACUGGCCAAAAAGGACUUCAACAUAAUUUGGUACCUGUUGUUCAACUCUUCCCUGGCGUACUUCGUGAAUUUGACCAAUUUCUUGGUGACAAAGCACACUAGUGCGUUGACCCUACAGGUCCUGGGCAACGCAAAAGGUGCCGUUGCAGUUGUGAUCUCAAUUCUGAUAUUCAGGAACCCUGUCUCUGUAACUGGGAUGCUCGGUUACACGCUGACUGUCAUAGGGGUGAUUCUUUACAGUGAAGCUAAAAAGCGCACCAAGCAAUGAAAGCUGCGGCAGUUAGGACCAAGGAACCCUAAUCUUUGACUCAGCGAUCGAUGAGCUAGUGAGGGCCAAUAAUACUUGUAUUCUUCCUUCCUUCCUGUGAGAUCGAUCUAUUCAUUGGGGAUAAUCGUAUCCACAUAGAUAUAGUACUAGCAUGACAUGACAUGAUUAGUGGAAACAGUUUUCUAUUACUAUUAUUAAUUGGUCUUGGGUUUGGUUUUGCUAUCGUCGUCUAAAGAGGAGGGCGAUGUGUAGUUUGUUUUGUACCUAAGCUAUCCUGGACUCCCUCCCUGAUGUAACACCAGCAUCAUCGAUUAUUUUAUACAACACUUUGAAUAAACUUCC